AUGGUAAAGAAAGCAUCAGGCUCACCCUCUGCAGAGAGGAUGAGGGCAGCUGCAUGUAAGAACGCACAGAAUAUGGACAAUGCUGGGAUUCCCAGUGUCAACAUGCCUGAUAUCCCUCCCAAUCCAGGAGAGACAGACGACCCUGAUGCAUCUCCUGGUCCCCAAGGAGACCUGGACAUGCUGGGUCCUUCCCAAUUCACAACCAUGAUUGUAUCUGCUGUGAUUGUGCCUCCUCCACCUGAGGACCCACCUGAUGUGUCAGCAGGACCUGAUCCAUUCAUUGACAUGUCUGGUUCCCCCGAUUCUCCCAGACUGGGUGGAGUGCCAGGGCCUGGUGAUGGCUCUGAUCAGCUUGCUAAGGUCAUUGAUGUUGAUGGCAACCAGCCACCAAUGGAGACUCCUGGAUUGCCAAACAACCAGAGGCAUAGUGAGUUGAUGAUGAUGCUGAGAAGCAUUGAUCAGUGGCUGGAUCGUCUGGAGGACUGA